ACGCAACUUCUGCUGAUAACCCGAAGGUGGAAAUGAGUUGUGCCAACGCCCAGAGGAGCUUCGCCGCCUCGUCAUACCAGACAUGUACACGUCAUUGACUUACAUGGAUGUCAGUAACCUUUGUGAAGCGCAAGCAGCUAACUAAGCCUCGGGAGAAAUCUAUUCGCUCCCCGCCUCGCCAAGCAAAUUCUUUCCUAAUAUGGAAGAAAACGGAAUCCAAAUCAAUGUAGACAUUUCCGAGACUCUUAUCGAACACGAAGAAUUGGACAAGUUGUUAGCCCUGAAGGAAGAUGAGUUACGCGGUUUGCCAAGUGACGAUGUUAAGAUUAUUGAAGAUCAACGAGGUCUUGCAGAUUCUUUCGGUCCGUCUCUAUUGUCUUCUUUUUCCUCUCUGGACCGACUCCCAGAGAGGUUUAUUAAAGAUUCAACAAUUGGAGAGCUACCCCUCAUUGCUGAGGGGCUCGAGUCGCAGACCUUCUCCACAGCCAAAGAAGUAUCGGACCUCCUAACAGAUCAUUCACCUCAGAGAUUGGUGUUUCCAGGCUUUCUUGGGGAAGAUUCUGUUGGUGAUAUGACUGAAAUGUUCAACUCCACCACAACAUCUGCACUCAGUGAUCGAGUAUCGAACACGUCGUGGGCAGAUCAGGGUACGGUUUGGUCCUCAGAACAAAUAGGGGCGGUGUUUGUGGUGAGUCUUAUGGUACCUUUCAUUUUGUGCAGUAACUUCUUCGUCAUCAUGAGCGUGGUGCGGUUUCGGCGUCUUCACACGCCCACAAACUAUUUCAUUACAUCUCUAGCAGCUGUUGACAUUUUCGUCGCCUUGGCAACGCCGUUUGUUGUCGUUGUCGAGGUCUUUCUUUUCGCUGGCGGUUGGGACUCGAAAGACGCCGUGUUGUGUCUUCUGCCUAACCGAGUGUUGAUGACCACAUGCGGGGUGUCACUAUUAACGUUAGCAACAAUUGCUUACGAUAGGCACACAGCUUUAGCCUGCCCACUGGAGUACGUGAACAUCAUGACGUCGAGGAAAGUGACUGUUCUAGUGUCUCUCACCUGGAUCUACUCCACGUUUAUCGUGUGGCUGCCUCUGGCCGCAGGAUGGUAUGACAACACCUCGGAUGUCAUCACAUCCUACUCCGCGAGUUUACUGCACGACAAAGCGCACAUCCUGUUCCUCAGCGCUAUAUUCCUACCUUCCUGCAUCGCGAUACUCUUUUGCUACUUUCGAAUCUUCAUCGUGGCACGACACCACGCCAAAGCGAUAGCAGCUGUAGAGUUUGCAGUGCACCGUCAUCUGCAGGUGAAGUUCAUGAUCAAAGACACAAAGUACGCCAAAACUCUAGCUCUUGUCAUAGGGGUUUUCCUUGUGUUAUGGCUCCCUUAUUUGAUCUGCAUGUUCAUCGAAACCAUCAGCAACAUCUCUUUCAACGUAUGGCUACACACCUACUUGACUUUGCUCGCCGUGUUCAACAGCGGCAUCAACCCGUGGAUAUACGCCUUUAAAAACAAUGAGUUCAAAGCAGCUUUCAAACGCAUGUUUAAAGAUUAUUUGAAGAACAAGGUCUGCUUGUCCGAGGACCGACGAGCAAGCCUUGUGUCCGGCAUCAGCAGUACACCACGACUAAGCAGAACAGACAGUCGGAUGGUUUCUACCAUUAUGGAACAUACUCUGGACUCAACAAAUGAAAAACUGAAAAGAAGUCUCGAUUCUUUGGACGAACUCGAAAACGAUUUUCCUCACUCAGUCGUGAGCCACACUCACUCAGUUAGCAGCCAGUCACAUUUAGUAGGCAGCCACACUCGAAGUCACUCUGUGAUCUUCGAGGAAGCGGAAGGGUUGCCUUCUCCAUCAAAUCCCAUACCUCCCCACAAAGAGAGGCAAGAAAAUUAUCAUUAUCCAGGCUUGGAUUCGAACGAAACCCUUCCGGAGUCUGUGCUUUGCCCGUCUACCAAGCCCCACGGUGUUUGUGGGGAUGGUUUCACUGAGCAGCAAACGCUUCCUGCUCCUCUUGUGGAAAUCAUUCACGUGAGACCAUCAGAUGACUGUAGUAAAACCAGUGCACACAAUGAUAAACAAUGUUUUCCAAUAUUAGGUUAUGUCUCGUCUGUAGUAGGGGGCGACUGCGUUGUCAAAGCGGGUAAGAGUGACAUUGCUGCUGAUUAUGAUGCUCUCAAUUGUGUUUCAAUGCCUGUAUCAUAUGCAUCGCCUUCUGUGCUAUUUCCAUCGGUGCACUCAUUAUCAAUACUUUCAUCGUCUGUUCAGUCAUCUAAUGUAUCAACGGCAGAAGUAUAUCUGCCUGAACCUUCCUCUCGCAAAUCAUCAUCAUCAUCAUCAUCAUCAUCAUCAUCAUCAUCAUCAUCAUCAUCAUCAUCAUCAUCAUCAUCAUCAUCAUCAUCAGCAUCAUCAUCACCACCACCACCAAUGUCUGCUAUCAUAUCAGAUUCACAGCAACCAUUGCCCCAAUCGUCCACAUUGACCAUGCCCUCCUUCUCACAUCCAGACAAUGACACCCCACACACCCCACACCCGUCCCCGCCACACCUCCGGCGCACACAAACCACCGGCUACUUCUACCACACUGACGACGCUUUCUGCAACCACUCAUGUGACAAUGGUUGCUAUGACAGCAGCGCCACUUUCCACCCAUAUUUUCAGAGCAUUCCUAGUCAUUGCGUAGAAACUCUAGAUCAAAAUAGCGACCACAGCAUCCUUCCACACCUCUUGACUCACACUCAUUCUUGUCCCAGCUUCUCACCUCUGUUCCAGUUUCAAAAUUCCUUCUUUCCAUUGGAUCAUCACGUUAUCACGCUUCAAAGAACAGCGGACAUGACAGGCUCUAGCGGCAGCUACGUAUCUCAAACUCAAAACACUGAUUUGGGCGUACCAAACCAAAGGCAGGCCCGUAUCAUCUUUCCAUAGGUACAGAACAUAAGAGCAGUGUCAGCUCAAAUCUUGACAAACGCCAAAUUUUAAAACAUUUUAGAAUUAAAUUAUCCUCUCAAACAGAGAAAAAGAUAUCUCAUCUGAUUGAAAUCAUAGCGUCCCCAAAACACGAGAUAUUAAAUUUAGACCUAUAAAUUCGGCUACAUUUUAAAAUAUUAUCAUAUUAUACCACUAUACAACCUCUUUGAAAUAAGCAAAUGCCAAAUUCGAGUACAUAUUUCGAACGUCAAGAAUGAAUGAUAAUUAUUGUCUCAUUUUCAAAUUUUCUAACGUUCCUUGGUUGUAGUCAUCAAGCUUUAGUCUGGCGUAUAACAGGUAUGGUAUGAUAAAAAGGUCUACAUGAAAAACUGGCGGUCAAUCUCUUUGUCUUUCAAAUACGUUUUGUACUUUUUUCCAAACACCUUCCGCGUUCCCUUCAAAUUUUCGUUUUGGUAAAAAGUAGUAAAUGUUUGUCGAAACAGGACUGGUGUCCCUUAAGGGUCUCCUUUAAACAGGAGAGCACCAAUGCUAAAUGAAAACUGACAUGACAAGCGCAGUUAGUUCCCUUUUAAGAAGUAUUUCGUUCCUUUUACCGGUACCAACUUUACUUGCACAAGAUGUCAUCUCUUGAUCCCGUUCGAAGACCCACAUAAUGUCCGUCUUCAAAUCAC